AUGGAGGCGAGGAAGACGAUCGGCAUGGUGACGGCUCGGCGGCUGCGUCGCCCUCCUCCCCUCUCGGAUCUGUUCCUCGCUCUUUCAUCCCUUCCGGUAAUUGCUGAAAUGACCAAUAGAGGCGUGGAUCGUUCUGUUGAAUGUACUAGCAGCAUCCAAGCUAUGAUCUCAACAUUUGAAUAUGUCCAUGAUAUAAUUGAAUCAGAACUUGGUUGGGGUGUUGCUAUUCUUGUUGGUGUGCCAAGCAAAUAUGAUGUUUUCAAAACUCAUCCUAUGAACUUCUUGAAUGAGAGAACUCUCAAGGGUACCUUCUAUGGUAACUACAAAUCCCGAACCGAUCUUCCUAAUGUUGUGGAGAAGUACAUGAAAGGGGAGUUGGAACUUGAGAAAUUUAUCACUCACACCGUUUCGUUCCCAGAGAUUAACAAGCCUUUUGAUUUGAUGCUGAAAGGAGAGUCCAUCAGGUGCAUCAUUCGGAUGGACGAAUAA